AUGAAAGAUUCGGACACAAUCAAGUCUACUGGGCCAUCGGCAACACUCAUAUCGCGCAUUGACCAUCUCGCCGCAUUGCUCGGCAACCUUCCUAAGGCUCUGCCCGAGAACCCAGUCGAAUCGACCUACCACUUUGGCCUUGACCCUGAAGACGAGGCAGAGGAGGGAGUAUGGUACGCCUUCAAUCGCAACAUGGAGGUGUCAUUCGAGACCUACAAGGCAAAACCUGAUGAGCCACUACGUUUUCGGGAGAGAGGGAAGCGGUGCAGUAACCUGAUCACAGUGAUGAAGCUUGUGGUGAAGAAGAUGUCCGAUUCCGAUCGCGAAUUCGUUAGGAAGACGUGGCUUGAACGUCUCAUUGUGGCCGCAAAAUUAUCUGGUGCCGUAGUUCCAAAGAGCAAGGCUCACCGUGGUAAUUAG